GCGGACCCUGCCCUCGGUUCAGGGCCUGUCUUGCCUAGUCAGUGAGUGGCGCUCAGCCACUGGCUGAUGGCGAAGGAAGGUCCGGUUUUGUCCUGAGGCCUUUCAGCGUCUCCCCCGCCCGUGGCCAUCAGGAAAAACCCUGUGCCGUACCUACGGGACAUCUCUUUAGCAGAUACGGGAUUCUGUUGCUGGUCGCUCACACGGUGUGCUUGUGUUCCCACAGAUUCACUGCCAGAGGAGGACUCGGAGGCUACUGGUUCCCCAGGCUCGGUAACUACUGGCCUGGGCUGUUUGUGGUACCCACCAAGGCAGACACCACCCUGCCAGUGGGCCCAAGACCAAGCGGGGAGUGCUCUGAGCACGUCUCGGUUUUUCCAGGUGUUUGUUACCGGAAGCAUCGCGUCACAAAGUAUUUGUCACCAAAAUUAAAAUUGUUCCUAGGAUAACAUCUGUCCGAGGUUUGGCGUUCAUGCCUCCUGACUUUCCUAAGCUCUCUGUGACGCGUAUGUGUCUGGGCAUGGCGUCAUGCGUGGAAGGUUUUGAGCGUGCUGCCUGGGUCUGGCCCUUUGUAGCUUACUUGUCUGCCUCAGUUUCCAGCGUGCAGUGGGGUAGUCACAGCGCAAGUCAGUCCGCACGUCUCAUUGUCCAGGACGGUGUCUGGCACAUAGUUCCUCAGUCAGGCCAGUUUUUAUUGCUACUUUUUACUUUAGAAUUUCGUGUUAAUUUGGAGAAUUUUUACAAUUUGUUUUUUGUCUUUUAAUGAAGGCAGCAGGUACAGAGUUGAUUCUGAUUUUUAAUGGCCAGGUAGUGCCCUUGGCUUAGAUUUAUCAUAGUUCCUCACUUGACGGUCCCACGGGUUGUUCCUGGGUUUUAGUCCUGCUGGUGCUGCAGUGGCCGUCCUCACACGUGUUGGGGCUCACCGUUCCCUGCCAGUGACGAGAGCGCACGAGCCCAUUCUGAGCCUCGAGUUCCAUAGAAACAUUGUGGAAAGUGGAUGGUAUUUAGCUUUUCACGUUUUCCCACCCAAGAUAUAUUUCCAGAUGUUUGUUUCUUUUGUCUCAAGUUGUGGAACAUGCAUAUGCUGGACACAGUCCCACAUCAGGGUGGUCUGCUGGCCCAGGGACCGGAGCGUGAGCUCAGAGGCUCGUUGUGCUGCCCUGGGUCACGAGGUGGGGCAGCGUCUGCAUGCCUCCUUCCUCACCUGCAGUUUCCCACUUGUAACCAGGAAGAGGAGAGGUGGGGUGAGGCCAGCAAUGGUGAGGAUGACCCCAAGGAAAAGACCCUUCCUGAAGACCCAGAGACCUGCCUGCAGUUGAACAUGGUCUACCAGGAGGUCAUCCAGGAGAGGCUGGUGGAGGUCAGCCUCCUGCUGGCCCAGAACCAGGAGCAGCAGGAGGAGAUCAUGUGUGACCUGGCAGGAUCCAAGGGCUCCAAGGUGAAGGACGGCAAGAGCCUGCCCCCGAAUUUGUACAUAGGGCACUUCAUGAAACCCUACUUCAAGGACAGAGUGACCGGAGUGGGGCCUCCUGCCAAUGAAGAGACGCGGGAGAAGGCUGCCCAGGGCAUCAAGGCUUUCGAGGAGCUCCUGGUGACUAAGUGGAAAAACUGGGAAAAGGCCUUGCUCCGAAGAUCAGUGGUGAGCGACCGCCUGCAGCGCCUGCUUCAGCCCAAGUUACUGAAGCUUGAGUACUUGCACCAGAAACGGAGUAGGGUGACGAGUGAGGCAGAGAGGCAGGUCCUGGAGAAGCAGAGCAGGGAGGCGGAGAGGGAAGUCCAGGACAUUCGGCAGCUCCCAGAGGAGGCCUUGCUGGGCAACAGGCUGGACAGUCACGACUGGGAGAAGAUCUCGAACGUUAACUUUGAGGGUGGCCGCAGUGCGGAGGAGAUCCGGAAGUUCUGGCAGAACUUCGAGCACCCGAGCAUAAACAAGCAGGAGUGGAGCGGGCAGGAGGUAGACCAGCUGAAGGCCCUUGCGGCCGAGCAUGGCCAUCUGCAGUGGCAGAAGAUCGCCAAGGAGCUGGGGACCAACCGCAGCGCCUUCCAGUGCCUGCAGAAGUACCAGCAGCACAACAAGGCUCUGAAGCGCAAGGAGUGGACACGGGAGGAGGACCGCCUGCUCACCCAGCUUGUCCAGGAGAUGCGCGUCGGCAGCCACAUCCCCUACCGGAGAAUUGUCUACUACAUGGAAGGGAGAGACUCCAUGCAGCUCAUCUAUCGGUGGACCAAGAGCUUGGACCCCAGCCUGAAGAAGGGGUUCUGGGCCCCAGAGGAAGACGCGAAGUUGCUUCGAGCAGUUGCCAAAUAUGGGGAGCAGGAUUGGUUUAAAAUCCGGGAAGAGGUGCCAGGUAGGAGCGAUGCCCAGUGCCGAGAUCGGUACCUCAGACGGCUGCACUUCAGCUUGAAAAAGGGACGAUGGAACGCAAGUGAAGAGGGGAAGCUGCUUGAGCUGAUCGAGAAGUACGGUGUGGGUCACUGGGCAAAAAUAGCUUCUGAACUACCCCAUCGGACGGGCUCCCAGUGUCUGAGCAAGUGGAAGAUCAUGGUCAGGAAGAAGCAGAGUCGGGGCAGGAGGCGGCGGCGGCGGCCCCUUGGCAGCAUGCGGUGGAGCUCCAGCAGCGGGGACGGCAGCAGCGGGGAUGGCAGCAGCGGGGGCGGCAGCAGCGGGGGCGGCAGCAGUGGGGGCGGCAGCAGUGGGGACUCGGAGCCAGAGGAAGCCCCAGAGGCCAGGGCAGGUGGCCAGGCGCUGCCGUCAGCACAGCACACCGUGCCGGACAUGGACCUGUGGGUGCCUGCCAGGCAGAGCGCCAGUGAGCUGUGCGCAGGGGGAGCCCGGGGCUGGCCAGGACACCGUGCCGCCUCCCCCAGCCCUCCCAGGGCCUCCAGCGAGGCUCAGGACAGCAGAGCUGCUGGCCCCACAGCCUCGGCUCCCGCAGAGGAGGCAGGCCAGACGCACACUCCCUCCGGGACCCACAGCACCAGCGCGAGAGGCAUCGGGCACCCAGGCUCGGCGGACACGCACCUCUCGAGCUCAGAGGAGCUGGCAGACAAGAGUGGGAGCUGUCUGCUGAAGGUGCCACUGGAGACAGUGCUGCAGGUGCUCAGGACCAACACAGCCCGCCGGCGCCAGACGCUGAAGGAGAAACUGAGACACCCGUGCCCACUCAGCCCGUCCCUGGGGGCCAGCCCCAGUGACAGUGGUGUGGCCGGGCCCCAUGCACGGCGGCUGUGGCACAGGACGAUCGGGAACAGGCGGCAGUGGCGAGGACAUGCCCUGCAGAGGAGGCUCAUUGAGCGCCAGCUUCUGGUGGCCAUGAGCCCGUGGGUGGGCGACGUUGUCCUGCCCUGCACCCCCCGGAGGCCUGCCGUCGUGCACACUCGAGCGGAUGGCAUCAGGAAGCAGCUGCAAGACGCCCGGCUGGCCAGCACCCCUGCGUUUACUGUUUUUAUCCAGCUGUUCCAGAUUGACACUGCUGGCUGCAUGGAGGUCGUUCGAGAGAGGAAGGCCCAAACCCCUGCCCUGCUCCAGACUGGCACUCGGGACCCAGUGCCUGGGCUCCUACAGAUGUCUUCAUCGCGGGACUCCCCAGGCCGCAGCUUCCGGAAUCCACCGGCACGAGAAGCUGCAAAGCAGAGCACCAGCCACAAAGGGAGCAGGGGUUUACAGCUCUGCCGUGCCGAGUCCAGUCCACCGGCGCCCCCGCCAGCUCCGGGUGGCCCUCGGCCCAAGCCCAAGACCGUCUCCGAGCUGCUCCGCGAGAAGCGGCUUCGGGAGGCCCGGGCCAGGAAGGCCGCUGCCCCAGGCACCGUGGCUCUCCCACCGCAGCUGCUGCUGUCCUCGCCGCUGAUCCUCCAGCCCCGUCUACCGCAGCCGCCCCCCAGCCCCCCAGCCCCGGGCCCCGCUGCCGCAGACACGGCGCGCUCUGGGCCUGGGAUCCCUGCAGCAGCGGGGCUGAGUACUCCAGGCCAGGACGAGAGGGCUUCGACCCUGCCAGUCUUGGACCGCACCCUGGCCUCCACGGAGGCUGCCCCUGCUGCCUCCAGAGCUCCGGUUCCCAGCCGGGUCCUUGUGAGUGGCCAUCAGGGUGGCCUGGGACAGUCUCCGGCCCCCGCCACGUCCCGGAAGCAGGGCCUGCCUGAGGCACCACUCUUUCUCCCAGCAGCACCCAGCCCCAUUCAGCUGCCUAUGCAGCCCCUCAGCCUGACGCCAGCUCUGGGCAUGCACAAGGGUGGGCCUCACGUGGCGGCCAGCACACCUCUGCCUGUCACCUGGGUGCUCACAGCCCAGGGGCUGCUCCCUGUGCCAGCCGUGGUGGGCCUUCCUGGGGCGGCAGGACCCUCUGAUCCCAAGGGACUGUCCGUGACUCUGCCGUCCUCCCUGCCUGGGAUGCAGCUAGGCCAGGGCCCCAGGCUCCCUGGGCUGAGCCACCCCUGGCAGCCCCCGGCCAACGUGGACACAGACUCAGAUUCUUCCUCCAGGGCAGACCUCUCGACCCUUCCGAAGCUUUGCCAAUCCCAGAGUUCUGUGGAAGUGGGCAGUGACGUGGCCCCUGUCCCUGGGGGACCUUCCUUCCCUGGAGAGGCCCAAGUGGCCAGGGAAAUAGCUGCGCCCAGGAUACCCUCCCAGGCCACACUUCUGGCUGACCACCCUGAAGCAAAACCCCCGUGGUCCAGCCAACCCCCUCUGCAAGCUGGCACUAGCCCUGGGAGUGGCCCAGGAGGGACACCGGGGUCCCCGGGGCCAGGGGGACUCAUGGGACCUCUGGGCCUAGAGAGGCCACCCCUACCCCGGCCUGGGCCUGAGAGGGGUGCCCUGGACCUGGACCUCCUGUCCCAGGAGAGUGAGGCAGCCGUGCGGGAUUGGCUGAGGGGACAGCAGGGGGUGUGCGUGCCCCCACUAGGGAGCAGGCUGCCCUACCAGCCCCCAGCCUUGUGCAGCCUACGGGCCCUGUCUGGACUCCUGCUGCACAAGAAGGCUUUGGAGCAGAGAGCCACCUCCCUCGUGCCCAGUGGGGCAGCCGGAGCCCUGCAGGCCUCGCUGGGACAGGUACGGAGGCGGCUCCAGGACAGCCCGGCCUACCUGCUGCUGAAGGCGCGGUUCCUGGCAGCCUUCACCCUCCCUGCGCUCCUGGCCACGCUGUCUCCCCACGGCGUCCACACCACCCUGUCGGUGGCCACAAGGGCCGAGCCAGAGAGCGAGGACGACCUGGGGGAGUUGGAGCUCACUGAUGGCUGCUCCACAAGUGGUCCUUGGGCAGGGCCGGCAGCCACCAUCCCCAUUCAGGGAGCCCCAGACCCUGGGCAGAGCGCUGACUCUUCCUGCUUGGAUGGUUCUGACAACCUUGACGUGCUGAGAACCCGGCAUGCCUGGCAUGCCCGGAAGAGGAGGCGGCUGGUGUGAGCGCAGGGAGGCAGGAGCCAUGCUGGACCCUGGUGAGCCCACCUGCCCGGAGAGCCCCUCACCGACCCUUCCAGAGAAGGCCAAAGCAACUGGAGACUGGGAGAGGCUCCGCUAGCAGGACUGUGAGGCCAGAGGGGCUUGGCUGGUCCUCAGGCACAAAUUGGGAUGUUUGAAGGAAUAAAGGAAUGGCUUAUUUUUUUUUU